AUGGCGAGCUCGAGCGGGACGAAGGGCGACCUGGCUCGGCCGCCUUCCAGGAGGAUGACUCGGGCUCAAACUAUGAUGGUGGAAAUUCCCAAUGAGGAUAACUCCACGGCAGAUAGUGAGCUGGUGCCUUCCAGCGUGGCUUCCAUUGCCCCUAUUCUCCGUGUCGCCAAUGAAAUCGAAAAGGAUAACCCAAGAGUCGCUUAUCUCUGCCGCUUCCAUGCAUUUGAGAAGGCUCACAAAAUGGAUCCAACAUCAAGUGGACGUGGUGUUCGCCAGUUUAAGACCUAUCUGUUGCAUAGACUUGAGAAGGAGGAAGAAGAGACAAGGCCUCAACUUGCAAGAUCUGAUCCAAGAGAAAUUCAGUUGUUUUAUCAGCAUUUUUAUUUGCAAAACAUUGCAGAUGGCCAAUAUACAAAGAAACCGGAGGAGAUGGCUAAAAUUUAUCAGAUUGCUACAGUGUUGUAUGAUGUGCUGAGGACAGUGGUGCCAGCUUCUAGAGUUGAUGAUGAGACUGAGAGAUAUGCUAAAGAAGUUGAGAAGAAAAGGGAGCAAUAUGAACACUAUAACAUUCUCCCGUUGUAUGCUGUUGGGGUUAAACCAGCUAUUAUGGAACUUCCUGAGAUUAAAGCAGCACUUCGUGCUAUAAAAAAGGUGGAAGGUCUCCCUAUGCCCAGAGUUCCUAUGACAUCCAAUGUUCCUCGAGAUGAUAUCCCUCAAGAGAGGGUUAAACCAGUAAAUGAUAUACUUGAUUGGCUUUCUUCUCUCUUUGGGUUUCAGAAAGGAAAUGUAGCAAAUCAAAGAGAGCACUUGAUAUUGUUGCUUGCAAAUAUGGAUGUAAGGCAAAAAGAGAAUCUUGAAGAUUAUGAUCAGCUGAAUGGUGAAACUAUAAGGAGGUUGGUGGAUAAAAUUUUCAAGAAUUAUCGUUCAUGGUGCAACUAUUUGCGUUGUAAGUCACAUGUGAGGUUUCAACAAGGUUGUGAUAGACAACAGCUGGAGCUUAUCUAUAUUUCGCUUUAUCUUCUUAUCUGGGGUGAAGCUUCAAAUAUCCGAUUCAUGCCUGAAUGCAUUUGCUACAUAUUCCAUAAUAUGGCAAAUGAUGUUUAUGGAGUUCUAUUUAGCAAUGUACAUCCUGUGAGUGGGGACACAUACCAUUCUUCUGUACCAGAUGAUGAAUCUUUUUUAAGGAAUGUUAUAACCCCUCUCUAUGGAGUUCUUCGAAGGGAAGCCAAGAGAAACAAAGGAGGCAAGGCAAGCCACUCACAAUGGAGAAACUAUGAUGACCUAAAUGAGUACUUUUGGUCUAGAAGGUGUUUUCAGUUGAAGUGGCCAAUGGACUCGAAAGCAGAUUUUUUUGCGCAUUCAGAUGAGCCGCCACCAGCAAAUGAGGGACAAAAUCAAGCUACUGUUGGAAAGAAGAAGCCUAAAGUUAAUUUUGUAGAAGCCAGAACGUUUUGGCACCUUUACAGAAGUUUUGACCGCAUGUGGAUAGUCUUUAUAAUGGCUUUUCAGGCUAUGCUAAUUGUUGCAUGGAAUUCUGGAUCUCUUCUUGGCUUUUUUGAUGAAGAUGUGUUCAGAAGUGUAUUGACUAUUUUCAUUACUGCUGCAUUUCUCAAUUUUCUGCAAGCUACUCUGGAUAUAAUUCUUAGUCUCAAUGCCUGGAGAAGCUUGAAAAUUACCCAAAUACUUCGGUACCUUUUGAAAUUUGCCUUAGCAGCUGUCUGGGCUGUGGUCUUGCCCAUUGGUUAUUCUAGCUCUGUACAGAAUCCAUCAGGGCUUGUAAAGUUCUUCAGCAGUUGGGCCAAAGAUUGGCGGAAUGAGUCAUUUUAUAAUUAUGCUGUUGCUAUAUAUUUGAUACCCAAUAUAUUGGCUGCUAUACUAUUUCUACUUCCCCCUUUACGGAAAGCCAUGGAGCGAUCAAACUGGCGGAUUAUCACUUUUAUUAUGUGGUGGGCUCAGCCAAAAUUGUAUGUAGGAAGAGGCAUGCACGAGGACUUCUUCUCUCUUCUGAAGUACACACUCUUUUGGAUUGUGCUGCUAAUCAGCAAGCUAGCUUUCAGCUACUAUGUGGAGAUACUGCCACUAAUUCAACCAACGAAGAUAAUCAUGGAUUUGCAUGUGGAUAAUUAUCAGUGGCAUGAAUUCUUUAAGAAUGUAACUCAUAACAUUGGAGUUGUUAUUGCAAUUUGGGCUCCAAUAGUCCUGGUUUAUUUUAUGGAUGCUCAAAUAUGGUAUGCCAUAUUUUCUACUCUUUUUGGUGGGAUUCAUGGAGCUUUCAGCCAUUUGGGUGAGAUACGGACGUUGGGGAUGUUGCGGUCUAGAUUUGAAUCUGUGCCUGCAGCUUUUUGUCGUCAUCUUGUUCCCAGAACAAAUCAGUAUAACAGAAAAAAGCAUCUGGAUGAGGAAACUGAAAGAAAGAAUAUUGCAGCUUUUUCUCUUGUUUGGAAUAAGUUCAUACAUUCUAUGCGGAUGCAGGAUCUGAUCAACAAUAGGGAUAGAGAUUUGCUACUUGUACCAUCUUCAUCAAGUGAUGUCUCUGUUGUCCAGUGGCCCCCUUUCUUGCUUGCUAGCAAGAUUCCUAUUGCAUUGGACAUGGCAAAAGAUUUUAAGAAAAAGGAUGAUGAGGAGUUAUUUAGGAAGAUAGCAGCUGAUGAUUAUAUGCAUUCAGCGGUAAUAGAAUGUUAUGAGACACUCAGAGAUAUAAUAUACAACCUUCUGGAAGAUGAAGCAGAUAAGAUGACUGUUGAAGCAAUUUCUCAGGAAGUGGACAAUAGCAUACAGCAGCAGAUAUUUUUGACUAACUUUCGGAUGAGUGGGCUGCCUUCACUCAGUAAUAGGUUGGAAAAGUUUCUAAGGAUCUUGCUUUCUGAUAUCGAAGAUGUUGAGACAUUCAGAUCUCAGAUAAUCAAUAUCCUGCAGGAUAUCAUGGAAAUUAUUACGCAGGAUGUUAUGGUCAAAGGCAAUGACAUCCUUCAAAGAGCUCACCCACUUUAUGGACACAGUCAACUUGAAAAGAAAGAGCAGAGGUUUGAAAAGAUAAAUAUUAGUCUUAUACAGCAGAAAACUUGGAGGGAGAAGACCAAUAGGCUUUAUUUGCUUUUGACUGUUAAAGAAUCUGCUAUAAAUGUGCCUCCAAAUUUGGAGGCUCGGCGCCGCAUCACAUUUUUUGCAAACUCCUUGUUUAUGAAUAUGCCAAGUGCCCCAAAAGUUCGUGACAUGCUUUCCUUUAGCGUUUUGACUCCAUACUACAAAGAAGAUGUUCUUUAUUCAGAUGAAGAACUCACUAAGGAAAAUGAGGAUGGAAUCUCAAUUCUGUUUUACCUACAGAAAAUAUAUCCAGAUGAAUGGAACAAUUUUCUAGAGCGUAUGAAACAGAAUAAUGUUGGAAUCAAAGAUGAGAAUGAGGAGGCUCAUAUGAAAGAGGAAAUUCGGAAGUGGGUAUCUUAUAGAGGGCAGACACUCUCCAGAACAGUGAGAGGGAUGAUGUACUACAGGCAGGCUCUGGAACUCCAAUUCCUUCUAGAAUUUUCUGGAGCUUCUGCAAUUUUGGAAGGCUUCCAGGCCAUUGAGGAUCGGGGAUAUUAUAGAGAGCAUGCGCAAGCACUGGCCGAUAUGAAGUUCACCUAUGUAGUUUCCUGUCAGCUCUAUGGCACUCAGAAAAAAUCUGCUGACUCACGAGAUAGGAGUUGUUACCUUAACAUUCUAAAUCUCAUGUUAACGUAUCCAUCUCUGCGUGUUGCUUAUAUCGAUGAAAGAGAGGAGACAGUGAAUGAAAGAUCUCAGAAGGUUUAUUAUUCUGUUCUUGUCAAGGGAGGUGAAAAAUUGGACGAGGAAAUAUACCGCAUCAGGCUACCAGGUCCCCCAACAGAUAUCGGUGAAGGCAAGCCUGAAAAUCAAAAUCAUGCAAUUAUUUUUACUCGUGGAGAAGCCCUUCAGACCAUAGACAUGAAUCAGGAUAAUUACUUUGAAGAGGCAUACAAAAUGAGAAAUGUUUUGGAGGAAUUUCUGAAAACUCGCCGUAAACAGAGAAAGCCGUCAAUAUUAGGUCUAAGGGAGCAUAUAUUUACUGGAAGUGUUUCUUCACUAGCUUGGUUCAUGUCCAAUCAAGAGACUAGUUUUGUAACUAUUGGGCAACGGAUUUUAGCAAAUCCUCUGAGGGUAAGGUUCCAUUAUGGUCAUCCUGAUAUAUUUGACAGAAUCUUCCAUAUAACAAGAGGUGGCAUAAGCAAAGCUUCAAAAAUUAUUAACUUAAGCGAGGAUAUAUUUGCUGGGUUCAAUUCUACUUUGCGUGGGGGUUAUGUAACACAUCAUGAAUACAUCCAAGUCGGAAAAGGGCGUGAUGUUGGAAUGAAUCAGAUAUCUGCUUUUGAGGCAAAGGUUGCCAAUGGAAAUGGAGAGCAGACACUUAGCCGGGAUGUUUAUCGGCUUGGGCGUCGGUUUGAUUUCUAUAGAAUGUUAUCAUUCUACUUCACAACUGUGGGCUUCUAUUUCAGUAGCAUGGUUACGGUCCUUACAGUAUAUGUGUUCUUAUAUGGACGUUUAUAUAUGGUUAUGAGUGGUUUGGAAAAAGAGAUUCUUGAGAAUGCAACUGUACAUCAGAGCAAGGCCCUCGAAGAAGCUUUGGCUACACAGUCAGUCUUCCAGUUGGGCUUGUUGCUGGUCCUGCCCAUGGUUAUGGAAAUUGGCCUGGAAAAAGGUUUUCGUACUGCUCUGGGUGACUUUAUCAUCAUGCAGCUACAGCUGGCCUCAGUAUUCUUUACUUUUCAGCUUGGUACAAAAGCGCAUUAUUUUGGAAGAACUAUCUUGCAUGGUGGUUCUAAAUAUCGAGCUACCGGCCGUGGGUUUGUUGUGUUUCAUGCAAAGUUUGCAGAUAACUACAGGCUGUACUCCAGAAGUCAUUUCGUAAAAGGGUUGGAGCUGCUCAUACUAUUGGUCCUGUAUGAAGUUUAUGGGCAAUCCUAUCGCAGUUCAAGUCUUUAUUUGUUCAUCACAUUCUCCAUGUGGUUCCUGGUUGGAUCCUGGUUGUUUGCCCCUUUUGUGUUUAAUCCAUCUGGUUUUGACUGGCAAAAAACCGUGGAUGACUGGACAGAUUGGAAGAGGUGGAUGGGAAAUCGCGGUGGUAUUGGUAUAGACCCUGAUAAAAGUUGGGAAUCAUGGUGGGAAGAAGAACAACUACACCUUAAAUUCACUACUAUUAGGGGAAGGGUGCUUGAGAUUAUCCUGGCAUUUCGCUUCUUCAUUUUCCAGUAUGGGAUUGUCUACCACCUUGAUAUAGCUCAUCACAGCAAGAGCUUACUGGUUUAUGGACUUUCUUGGCUAGUUAUGGUAACAGUCCUUCUGGUGUUAAAGAUGGUAUCCAUGGGUAGGCGAAGAUUUGGUACCGACUUUCAGCUCAUGUUCAGGAUUCUGAAGGCACUUCUAUUCCUCGGUUUCAUGUCAGUCAUGACUGUCCUAUUUGUAGUAUGUGGCCUCACAAUCUCGGAUGUAUUUGCUGCCAUCCUUGCCUUCUUGCCCACUGGAUGGGCACUUCUUCUUAUUGGACAAGCACUGCGGUCAGUGUUGAAAGGUUUAGGAUUCUGGGAGUCGAUAAAGGAGCUGGCAAGGGCAUACGAGUAUAUUAUGGGUCUGAUAUUGUUCAUGCCCAUAGCUAUCUUGUCAUGGUUCCCAUUUGUGUCGGAGUUCCAAACACGACUGCUCUUCAACCAAGCAUUCAGCAGAGGCCUCCAGAUUUCUAUGAUCCUUGCAGGAAGGAAAGAGAAAGACAUCACAUCUCCACUAAAGUAUGCUUGAAUUCUUUGUGCUGACUGAAUCAGCCAUACUAUUUUUGUAAGCUCCAUUCAGUUUUAGCAAUUCUUCUGACCUGUUUAUUGCGUACUCUUUACAAUAUUAGUUCUUUAAUUUAAAAAAAAAAAGAAUUACAAUCGUUA